GCCUGAAAGGUAACAUUGUCAUUUGGUUGGCGUGGGGUUGUGGCUUUGGGUUUUGAGAGUUGAGAACUCCGUAAGUAAAAAAACUCACACAAACAAAACCAAAUCCUUUGCAAAAACCCAAAUACCAAUCCAUUCAUAAAAAACACGCAUAAAACUUUUUGACAGUUCUUCUUUUUCCUAGUACCUUGUCUUAAAUUGUAUGUUUAUGUUUGGUUAUUUUGUUGCUUACAAAAGAAAAUGAAAGGAGGAGGGAAGAAGAGGAACAAUGGAGGAGUUGUAGGGUCUGAGCCAGCAUUGGCUUCUCCAAAUGAUGCUGUUGUUGCUGCCAAUGGUGGUGAGUCAUUGGUGGCAGAUUUGGGUGAAAAGGAUCAGACCCAGAAAGCAAAAGAGGUUGGAGAACAAGAAAAAAUACAACAACUGCAACAACAGCAACAACUUGAGCCUGAGGCUGAGGCUAAGGCUACUGAAGAGGGUGCAGCAGCAGAAGAACAAGAGGAUGAACAAGAUGAUGAAGAAGAAGAAGAUGGAGAUGAUGAUGAAGAUGAGGCUGCAACUGAGCGUCCAAAGCUCGACGAGGGCUUCUAUGAAAUCGAGGCCAUUCGCCGCAAAAGGGUUCGGAAGGGUCAGCUUCAGUAUCUAAUCAAAUGGCGUGGAUGGCCGGAGGCGGCAAACACCUGGGAGCCUUUAGAGAAUCUCCAGUCGUGCUCUGAUGUAAUUGAUGCAUUUGAAGAUAGCUUGCGAUCAGGAAAGCAUCGGAAACGCAAGCGUAAGCAUGGGACCCCGCAUACUCAACCCAAGAAGAAGCAGCAGCGUUCCACCUUUCCUGCUGAUGUGACAGGUGUAGAAAUAAACGUUGUUAAUGAAACUGUGAAAUCUAUCCGUCCCAACAAAUCAAUCCUAACUGAUCUUUCUGCCUUCCCUCAAUCUAUGUAUGAAGGAGAUCGUAAUGGGGAUAUCAAAGAAAUUACCAAGCAAACUGGUGUUGAGAAUGGUUGUGGGAAUGUUUCUCAACAAAAUGAUAACAGCAAAGAUGGAAAUGAAUAUGAUCCAAAGCUUAGUGAGCUUAAAACAAUAAUGUCUACCAAUGAGGUCAACAUGGAUAAGCUUGCAAUACAUUUUGAAGAAGCCAAAGCUUCAGAGGGUGAUGCGCCUGCGGAUGGGGGCCUCAAGACUGACUGUAUAGAACCAGCUCAGAGCAAUCGCCGCAUAGGAGCUAAGAGAAGGAAGUCUAGUUCUGUGAAGAGGUUUAAACAAGACUCUGGCUCACGUGAACCAGUUUCACAAAAUGCAACAACCAGAAGCGGUGGCUCUUUCGGUAGAGUUCAACAACCAUUUACUGGUAAUCCUGGUUUCAGAGGGGAGAAUUCAAUUUGCAGGAAUGGGACUGAUAAUUGCAAAGAUGCAUCUAAUAUCACCAGGAUUAUCAAGCCAAUUGGCUAUUCAGCUUCUGUGUCAAACAACAUCCAGGAUGUGUCGGUAACCUUUACAGCCAUGAGGUCUGAUGGAACAGAAGUGAUGGUAGAUAACAAGUUUCUCAAGGCUAACAAUCCACUUCUGUUGAUCAACUUUUAUGAGCAACAUCUGCGGUACAGUCCUACAUCAUCCUUGGACAGAGGUAUAGAUGGAGAGUGAGUUUAACCAGAUUGCAGCACCUUUGCAGUUAGCUGUAUACAGUGAUGUACUUUUGUAGUUGCAGGAGAUAGUGCAGGAUAACAAAUGCAGUCUUUGGUAAUAAUAGUGUAAAACUUAGUUAUAUACUAGCAGCCUCUCUGUAUCUCUUUUUGAUUACAUGUGUAUGAUCUGGAUAGUUAACAUGAAGAUGAUUAGAUAAUCAAGUUUACUUUUGACAUUC